GUGGAAGCAAGAAAAAAUGGCACAAGAAGAAAAUGAGGUAUUACAAGCAAGGAUCUCUGAGCAUUUUCAUAAGACAUUAUUCUUUUCACAGAAAACAGAAAAGCCACAGGCAUGAACUACAUCAUGUUUACUUCCUUGUGUUUCUCAAAAGGUUUUUCCUAGUUCUGGGCAAUAAGAUGAUUUGGAGUGACCUCAUCCAAAGUAUGAUUUUCUUGUCACUUACUGGACUUGGAGUUUUAGGAAACAACAUCUUAUUUGUAAGACAUUUGUAUACUUUCAUCAUAGGUCCUGAUAAAAAAAAUUUAGAUGUCAUUGUCAUCCACUUGGCUUUUGUAAACACAAUCAUUAUUUAUUGCAUAGGGGUCAGAAACAUAGUCACAAUUUUUUACACCAGAAAUUUCCUAGGUGAUGUUGGUUGUAAAACUAUAAUUUAUCUAGAAAGAGUUGCCCGUGGCCUCUCCAUCUGCACCACCUGUCUCCUCAGCAUGGUCCAGGCUGUCACCAUCAGUCCCAGGACCACCCUUUGGAGAAAAUUCAAACCACAAACAGCAUGGCAUGUUCUUGCCUUUCUCCUCUUCUUUUGGAUCUUUAAUUCCCUGAUAAGCUCCAAUUUGCUACACUAUAUCACAGCAGGCAAUAGCAUGAACGGGUCUGAAGUUGCAAUGUUUACUGGAUAUUGUUAUAUGCUGCCAUCCAAGCACACAGUUAAGUGGCUGUUCCUCUCUCUCAUGGCUCUUCGUGAUGUCAUUUUCCAGGGUCUCAUGAGCUGGAGCAGUGGGUCUAUGGCUCUCCAUCUGUACAAACAUCAUGUCCGUGUUCUUUACCUUCACAGCUCCAGGUCUGCAAACAAUUCCAGGCCAGAAAUCAGAGCUACCCAGAUAGUUCUCGCUCUUAUGGCCUGUUUCCUUUUAUUUUAUUGGGCAGAUUUUAUUUUCUCCUUCUACACAGGCUCCACAGUGACACAUGAUUCCACAAUACUAAAUAUUAAAGCAUUUUUAGUUCUUAGUUAUGCUGGUCUCAGCCCCUUUGUCCUGAUCAUCAAAGAUGCCUGUGUUCUUAAGCCCUGCUGUGUUCCCUAA